AUGAAGAUCGAAAUCAAUGCCGAACAGGACGGAGAUUCUGAUCAUGAUUUGGAAAUGGUAUCCGCGCGAUCUCAGAUUUCCACUACUGUGGUGGACGUUGGUGAACAACAGCCUUCUCACCUCGACAAAGAGUCUUCUUCGACCGAUUUGGACACUCGUACAUUCGAGAAUCCCAUAGGGGAUAACCACCAGGUAGUCGUAGAGGAACCGGCGGCAGCUCCAUCUCUCGACCUUCUGGACCGCAUCCCAGGAAUGUACCGCUUAUUGGAUCUGGUAAAUGAAGAAGGGUCUGGAGGCAUAGGUAAGAGUCAUUAUUUGUUCAUGGCAUUGAUCCUGAUCGGCAUUAUAGUCGACAAAGUCAUCAUUGAUCAAAAGUCUGUCGCUGCAUUCGCCAACUGUUUGCACCCCGGAUCCUAUCGCUCAGAAUUUCAAGUCGACUUCCAUGCCCUCGACAACCAUACCAUAAAACCCCUUGGCAUUUAUGGCAGCAUGUCUGCUCUUGUGAAAUUCUUGGAACGACUCGGAAAACUCGAUCAAGAGAC